AUGCUGAUGCUGACAACGACUCGGACCUAUUGCAUUCUCUGUACUCUGAUACUGUCUCAAACCCUGGUAUUCGGCCUCCUGAGCCAGAAUCCAAGGGCUCUUCUGUUGCAGCCACUCAUCAACGAGAACCUGUCAUUUUCAUCACAGAAAUCUUCCAAUGAUGAUAAUGGUCCACGUGUAGAAGAUCAGUCGAGUUGGUACUCUGUGGAUCCCAAUGACUUGACUGGAGGUCAACUUUACAGUUUAUGCAUUUCAUCAGUGGUACCUCGCCCAGUGGCGGUCAUAUCGACCCGCUCGUCAUCAGGUGUCGUCAAUUGCGCUCCGUUUUCCUAUACUGGACUCUUGAGUCACGAUCCGCCGACAGUGGCACAUGGAAUUGGUUUGAAACGAGGAAAGGAUGGAAUGGAGAAGAAGGAUACUUUGACCAAUAUUGAAGAAACGAAAGAAUGGGUUUUCAAUCUACUAACGACAGAAUAUCUGUCAGAAGCAAAUCAAUGUGCCGCGAACUUUGCUCCUGGUGAGGAUGAGACCCAGCUAGUGGAAGGAACUCUGACCACCCUCCCCUGUGACAAAGUUCAGCCACCACGAUUGGAACAGGCCGCUGUCUCCAUGGAAUGUCAAUUGGUCGAAACCAAAGAAAUGAAGAAUGAUGACGGAGAUCAUACUACAACAAUCGUGAUUGGCCGAGUGGUGCAAUUUCAUAUACGGAAAGAUGUCUUGGUUCCCAUGGCCGAGGACGACGACUCUCCUCCUCAAUGGAUUGUCGAUUUGCAAAAGUUACAAGCAGUUGGUAGAGCGGGUGGCGUUACAUAUUGGCCAGUGGGAAUGGCGGAAGAUGGCACUGGUUCUCUCGAAAUGAAGCGACCCCAGUGA